UUUUUAAAGGGGGGAAAGGAAAAGAAAAGAAGGAAAAGGAGCAGUGGUGAGGGGGUGCCUGUGUGGAAAAAGAGAUGUUGGCGCGCGCCCGCGGGGAUCCUCACACUUGAUGCCCCUCUCAGCAGAGAUGGUUGAGCCCUCGUCCAGGUCGCUCCUGUGGUCCUCUCAUCAAACCCAGUCUCGCUCACUUCUCCUCCUCUCCCAUCAGCUGACACCGCGCGGCGGGGCGGCUCGGCUCCUCUGUCUGCUUCUCCUCUGAGAACACCGCUCCAAAACCUCCUCCACCACCUUCCUCCCCGCCCCUCCCUCCCUUCCUUCCCUUCCCCUCCACCCCUCAGUCAGACAGAACCCCGACCCCAAAAAGGGGAGAGAGAAAAAAAAAAAAAAGCUCCGGCUGUUGAAGCUGCUGCUGAGAGCACGAUGAAGGGGAUUUUAUCAAACGGGGACGGACGCUACGACGGAUCGGUGGAGCUGCGGGACGUCUUCAACAGGAGAUGCGUUAAAUGCGGCCGCGGGGACUUAGUUCAAGGCAGAACCAUGCGGAUUAGGACGGGGAUGGUUUUCUGGAAUCUCUUCUUUUCACUGAUGUUCACUUGUGUGAAAGGUUUUAUCCAUACGUGUGGAGGCACAUUAAAAGGGAGGAAUGGGACAAUAGAAAGCCCGGGGUUUCCUUACGGAUAUCCAAAUGGUGCGAACUGUACCUGGGUGAUUGUUGCAGACGAGGGGAACAGGAUUCAUAUAGUUUUUCAAUCUUUCGCCGUGGAGGAGGAAUAUGACUUUUUAUCUUUGUACGACGGGCAUCCACACCCGGCUAACUUCAGGACAAGGUUAACAGGAUUUACCAUCCCCCCGCCUGUUACCAGUUCUGGCUCCAUUUUUUCGUUGAGGCUUACCAGUGACUUUGCAGUAAGCGCUCACGGAUUUAAGGUAACUUAUGAAGAGCUGAGAAGCAGCUCAUGUGGAAACCCAGGAGUUCCACCCAAAGGCAUACUGAAUGGGACUCAGUUCAACAUAGGGGACAAGAUCCGCUACCGGUGCGUCACCGGCUAUGUCCUCGAUGGACAUUCACUCCUCACCUGUGUGACCAGUGCCGCUGGUGUGUCAGUGUGGGAUUUUCCGGUGCCAAUCUGCAGAGCGGAGGACACGUGCGGCGGCACCCUGAGGGGCUCCAGUGGGCUCAUCUCCAGCUUCGAUUUCCCGGGCGGAGACUCCCCUGGCACUGGCGGCGGUGGCGGCGCCGGGGGCCUGGGCAGCAGCGGGGAGUGUAAGUGGACCAUACUGGCAGAUCCGGGCGACACCAUCUCUCUGGUGUUCACCGAGUUUCAGAUGGAGGAGAAGUCAGAUUAUCUGGAAAUUGAAGGAUCUGAACCAUCGACCAUCUGGCUGACAGGGAUGAAUAUUCCAGCACCAAUCAUCAGCAACAAAAACUGGCUAAGGCUUCAUUUUGUAACGGAGAGCAACCACCGCCACAAAGGCUUCAGGGCUCAGUAUCAAGUGAAAAGCUCUGGAGAGCUUAAAUCCAGAGGCGUAAAAUUAUUACCAGGAAAGGACAACACUAACAAACUGUCUUUGAUGAAUGAAGGGGGGAUCAAACAGGUGUCUAAUUAUUGCCCCGACCCGGGGGAGCCGGAGAAUGGCAAACGGACUGGUUCUGACUUCAGCAUCGGAGCAACUGCUCAAUUUACCUGUGAUGAGGACCAUGUGCUGCAGGGUUCCAAAACGAUUACCUGCCAGCGCGUAGCCGAAGUCUUCGCAGCUUGGAGCGACCACAGGCCCGUCUGCAAGGUGAAAACGUGUGGGUCGAAUUUGCAGGGACCGUCGGGGACUUUUACGUCUCCUAACUUCCCCAUCCAAUACGAGAGCAACUCUCAGUGUGUUUGGAUCAUCACUGCUAGUGAUCCCAACAAGGUUAUUCAAAUCAACUUUGAGGAGUUCGACUUGGAAAUCGGGUAUGAUUCACUAACUAUUGGAGAUGGAGGGGAAGUAGGCGACUCGAAGACAAUAAUUCAAGUGUUGACCGGAAGCUUUGUCCCAGACCUGAUUGUAAGCAUGUCCCAUCAGAUGUGGCUUCAUCUCCAGUCUGAUGAGAGUGUGGGAUCGAUAGGCUUUAAGAUCAACUAUAAAGAAAUUGACAAAGAGAGCUGUGGUGACCCCGGCACACCUCUCUAUGGCUACCAGGAGGGCAGUGGUUUUUUAAAUGGAGACGUUCUUCGCUUUGAAUGCCAGUUUGGAUUCGAGCUCAUCGGGGAGAGGAUGAUAACCUGCCAAAACAACAAUCAGUGGUCAGCUAAUAUCCCCAUCUGCAUAUUCCCCUGUUUCUCCAACUUUACCGCCCCCAUGGGGACGGUCCUGUCUCCUGACUACCCAGAGGGCUACGGGAACAACCUCAACUGUGUGUGGCUGAUCAUCGCAGAACCGGGCUCAAGGAUUCAUUUGGCCUUCAAUGACUUUGAUCUGGAGCCUCCCUACGAUUUCCUUACCAUCAAAGACGGUGAUCAAUCAGGAGCCACUAUACUGGGGCGUUUCUCAGGGGCUGAGGUUCCCUCCCACCUGACCUCCAACAGCAACGUCCUGCAGCUGGAGUUUCAAGCUGAUCACUCCAUGUCGGGACGAGGAUUCAACAUCACCUACAGCACUUUUGGACAUAACGAGUGCCCUGACCCCGGUAUACCUUUGAAUGGCCGGCGCUUUGGGGACAGUUUCCAGCUGGGCAGCUCCAUCUCUGUGGUUUGUGAGGAGGGCUUCAUCAAGACACAGGGAGCCGACACCAUUACGUGCCAUCUAGAGGAGGGGAAGGUGAUGUGGAGCGGACUCAUUCCCAAAUGUGAAGCUCCUUGUGGGGGGCACUACUCAGGCCCGUCUGGUGUCAUUCUCUCCCCGGGGUGGCCAGGCUACUACAAAGACUCCCUGAGUUGUGAGUGGGUCAUUGAGGCUGAGCCGGGACGCUCCAUCAAGAUUAGCUUUGACAGGUUUCAAACGGAGCUCAGUUAUGACUUCCUGGAAGUGCACGAUGGCCCAAACCUACUCUCACCUCUGAUUGGUUCAUUCAAUGGAACUCAGGUCCCCCAGUUUCUGUUCAGUAGCACAAACUUUCUGUAUCUGCUGUUCACCACUGACAACAGUCGAUCAAACAGUGGCUUCAAAAUCUUCUAUGAAGUUGUCACAUUGGACACAUAUUCCUGCAUGGAUCCUGGUAUCCCAGUGAACGGUGUGCGCUUGAACCAUGACCUGUCCAUCGGCUCCACGGUGUCCUUCCAGUGUGACCCAGGAUACAGACUGAGUCACGAGGAGCCGCUGGUUUGUGAAAAGAACCACUUCUGGAGUCAUCCUCUGCCUACUUGUGAUGGUGUCCAGUUCACUUUUCACUCCUUCCACCUGGAGGAUCAUCACGACUACCUCCUGAUAACAGAAAAUGGCAGCUUCGCUCAGCCCCUGGCUCGACUCACUGGCUCGGAGAGGCCUGCGCCGGUUAACGCUGGCCUGUAUGGGAACUUCAAGGCCCAGCUACGCUUCAUUUCUGAUUUCUCCAUAUCUCUACAGGGUUUCAACAUCUCCUUCUCGGAGUACAAUCUGGAGCCCUGUCAGGAUCCCGGAACCCCUCGGUUCGGCUGGCACACGGGCUCCAGGUUUGGCAUUGGCGACUCGCUGUUGUUCUACUGCAACAAGGGCUAUCGACUCCAGGGGGCCAGGGAGAUCGUGUGCUUGGGGGGCGGCCGCCGCAUGUGGAGCGCCCCUCUGCCAAGGUGUGUGGCGGAGUGCGGAUCGACAGUCUCCAACAAUGAGGGAGUUCUUCUGUCUCCAAACUACCCGAUGAACUAUGACAACAGCCACGAAUGUGUGUACAGCAUUCAGGUCCAAACAGGCAAAGGCAUCAACAUCACCGCCAGCACCUUUCAGCUUGCGCAAGGUGACAUCCUCAAGCUUUAUGAUGGUAAGGAUGGAACAGCUCCACUCCUUGGCACUUACACAGGCACGGUGAUGCAGGGCCUGUCCCUUACCAGCACUUCCAACUAUUUGUGGCUUGAAUUCUACUCGGACCACGAGUCGACAGCAGUGGGGUUCCGCCUCAUAUACCACAGUUUUGAGCUGUCUCACUGUGAUGAUCCAGGGGUGCCGCAGUUUGGUUUCAAAAUCAGCGAUCAGGGUCACUUUGCUGGAAGUUCCAUCACGUUCGGCUGCGAACAAGGUUACACUCUGCACGGGAGUGGUGCACUCAAAUGCAUGACUGGGGAAAGGAGAGCGUGGGACAACAACCUCCCGUCGUGUAUUGCGGAAUGUGGUGGCAGUUUUAAGGGUCAGUCUACAGGCCGGAUCCUGUCUCCAGGGUAUCCCUUCCCCUACGAUAAUAAUCUGAGGUGUACCUGGACAAUUGAGGUCAACACUGGCAACAUCGUCAGUCUCCAGUUUCUUGCCUUUGACACCGAGGCGUCUCAUGACAUUUUGAAGGUGUGGGACGGACCUCCUGAGAACGAGAUGUCUCUAAAGGAGGUCAGUGGCUCGCUGCUGCCUGAGGGGAUCCACUCCACUCUCAACGUGGUCACCAUUCAGUUUGAGACGGACUUUUACAUCACCAAGUCUGGUUUUGCCAUCGACUUCUCGAGUUCACUUGCAACAGCCUGCAGAGAUCCUGGUGUCCCCAUGAACGGCAGCCGCAACGGAGAGGGGCGGGAGCCCGGCGACUCUGUGACCUUCUCCUGCGAUCCGGGUUACGAGUUGCAGGGAGAGAGCAAAAUCACCUGCAUCCAAGUGGAAAACAGAUACUACUGGCAACCCAGCCCUCCAAGCUGCAUCGCUCCAUGUGGUGGUAAUGUCACCGGGUCUUCUGGAUUCAUUCUCUCUCCCAACUACCCACAUCCCUACCCGCACAGCAAGGACUGUGACUGGCUAAUUACAGUUCACUCUGACUAUGUCAUUUCCCUGGCUUUCAUCAGCUUCAGCAUCGAGCCCAACUAUGAUUUCUUGUACAUCUAUGACGGACCCGACAGCAGUGCCCAUCUGAUUGGCAGUUUCCAAGACAGUAAACUUCCAGAGAAGAUUGAGAGCACUUCUAACUUCAUGUACUUGGCAUUUCGGAGCGACGGUUCUGUGAGCUACACUGGCUUUCAUUUGGAAUACAAAGCAAAACUGCGGGAGGCCUGUUUUGAUCCUGGGAACGUAAUGAACGGCACUAGAAUGGGUGCAGACUACAAGCUGGGAUCUAUGGUGACAUUUCAUUGCGAGGCGGGCUACCUGCUCCAGGGCCACUCUACCCUGACGUGUGUCAUGGGCAACAGCAAGAGACCAGAAUGGGACAGAGCCAAACCCAGCUGUCAAGCUCCCUGUGGAGGUCACUUCACUGGUUCAGAGGGAACCGUUUUGUCCCCAAACUACCCACAUAAUUAUACCAGAAGUCAGAGCUGUGUCUACGACAUCUUUGUCCCCGGAGACUUUGUACUCUUUGGUCAGUUCGUGGUGUUCCAGACUCUGCCCAGCGACGUGGUUGAGAUCUAUGAUGGAGCCUCACCAGAUUCAGUCCUCCUCUCAUCUAUAUAUGGAUCACACUCAGGCGAGACCCUCCCCUUGAGUUCAGGCAACAAAAUGACUCUGAAGUUCACCACAAAUGGAACUGAAACAGCCAAAGGAUUUCAUUUUGUUUACCAAGCUGUACCUCGAACAAGCGCCACUCAGUGUAGCUCAGUCCCUGAGCCCCGAUUUGGGAAGCGGAUAGGGAAUGACUUUGGCAUCGGCAUGGUGGUGCUGUUUGAGUGCAAUCCAGGCUACACGCUGCACGGCUCCAGUGCCAUCAGGUGCGAGGCCGUGCCCAACGCCCUGGCCCAGUGGAAUGGCACUGUGCCCACAUGUGUUGUUCCCUGUGGCGGGGUGUUAACUGAGCGCAGAGGUACGAUUCUUUCUCCUGGGUACCCUGAGUCGUACUCCAACUAUCUGAACUGUGCUUGGAGAAUCUCUGUUCCAGAAGGAGCUGGAAUACAAAUUCAAGUUGUGACCUUUGCCACUGAGCACAACUGGGAUUCACUGGACUUUUUUGACGGGGUCGACGCCAAUGCUCCGAGGCUCGGUAGCUACUCAGGUACAACAAUUCCCCAGCUGCUAAACAGUACAUCCAACAACCUGUACUUGACCUUCCAGUCUGACAUCAGUGUUUCUGCUGCUGGUUUCCACUUGGAGUACACAGCAAUAGGUUUGGAUUCGUGCCCAGAGCCGGUGCCACCCAGUAACGGUCACAAAGUGGGGGAUCGCUACACUGUGGGCGACAUGGUUUCCUUCUACUGCGAUCAAGGAUUUUAUUUGCAGGGUAAUGCAUAUAUUACCUGCAUGCCUGGCCCCGUCAGGAGAUGGAAUUACCCCGUACCUCUGUGUAUAGCUCAGUGUGGGGGCUCUAUGACAGAUUUCAGCAGCGUCAUCCUCAGCCCAGGCUUUCCAGGGAAUUACCAGAGCAGCCUGGACUGCACCUGGAGAGUUCAGCUCCCAGUCGGCUUUGGGAUCCAUCUGCAGUUUCUAAACUUCUCCACAGAGCCUGUUCAUGACUAUUUGGAGGUGCGCAGUGGGACUCUGGAGACAGGAACAGUGAUUGAUCGGUUCAGCGGCCCUGCGGUACCCAAUUCUCUCUUCAGCACCACCCACGAGACCACUCUCUUCUUCCACAGUGACUAUUCCCAGAACAAGCCUGGUUUCCACAUUGUCUACCAGGCAUAUGAGUUGCAGAGGUGUCCUGACCCGCGGCCGUUUCGUAACGGCAUAGUGAUCGGUCAGGACUACAGCGUGGGGAUGACUGUGUCUUUCGAGUGCCUGUCUGGUUACACUCUUCUCGGAGAACCAUCCCUCACAUGUUUACAUGGAGUCAGCAGAAACUGGAAUCACCCUAUACCUCGCUGUGAAGCCCUCUGUGGUGGGAAUAUAACAUCCAUGAAUGGGACGAUUUACUCUCCUGGACAUCCUGCUGAGUAUCCACACUUCCAGGAUUGUGUGUGGACUGUCAGAGUACCUCCAGGUUAUGGCAUCUACAUAAAUUUCUCUGUUAUUAAUACGGAACCAAUCUACGACUACAUAACUGUUUGGGAUGGACCAGACCAGUCCUCGCCUCAGAUUGGCCAGUUCAGUGGCAGCUCAGCACAGGAGGGCGUGUCCACCACUGCCAAUCAAGUCCUCAUCAAGUUCCACAGUGACUUCAGCACCAGUGGCUUCUUUGAGCUUCAUUAUUAUGCUUACCAGCUGAGAACUUGUCAGCCUCCCCCUCCUGUUGCCAACGCCACUAUCCUAACUGAUGAUGACGAGUUUGAAAUAGGGGACAUCAUCCGGUACUCGUGCCUGCCGGGCUUCACCCUGGUGGGCAGUGAGAUUCUGACCUGCCGACUCGGAGAGAGGUUGCAGAUGGACGGGCCCCCACCUGUCUGUCAAGUUCAGUGUCCGGCCCAUGAGGUGCGUUUCGACUCAACAGGAGUGAUCUUAAGUCCCGGCUACCCUGAAAACUACCCCAAUCUUCAGAUGUGCUCAUGGCUCAUCAAUGUAGAGAAAGGCUACAACAUCACUCUACACUUUGAACUCUUUGAGACUGAAAAAGAGUUUGACAUCUUGGAAAUAUUUGAUGGUCCCAACAUCUACAGUCAGAGUCUUUCAACACUCAGCGGAGACAUCGAAACACCGUUCAACCUGACGACCACAGGCCAUCAACUCCUGCUCCGCUGGUCCUCUGACCAUGGCACCAACCGCCGCGGCUUCCACAUCAGAUAUGUGGCAAUGUACUGCAGUACUCCAGACUCCCCACAGCAUGGCUUUGUAGUGAGCCAAACGGGGGGACAUCUUAACAGCAUGGUGCGCUGGGCUUGUGACAGAGGCUACAAGCUGAUUGGAAAAGGCGCGGCCGUGUGCAAGAGGACCACUUAUGAUUACUUUGCUUGGGACGCUCCAGUCCCUGCAUGUCAAGCUGUGUCAUGCGGCGUGCCUACGGCGCCAGUAAACGGAGGUGUGCUUGCUGCUGAUUACUCCGUCGGCACCCGGGUGACCUACUUCUGCAACAGUGGCUACCGGCUCUCCUCCAAAGAACUGACGACCACAGUCUGCCAGCCAGACGGCACCUGGAGCAAUCACAACAAGAUACCUCGGUGCAUCGUUAUGACGUGUCCCAGUCUUGGCUCCUUCUCUCUGGACCACGGUCGGUGGAGGAUAGUCAAUGGUUCACACUACGAGUUCAGAACUAAAAUAAUCUUCACCUGCAACCCCGGAUACUAUCGUGUCGGUCCUGCUCAUAUCCAGUGCCUGGCCAAUGGAGUGUGGAGCUGGAGAAACGAGAGGCCGCGGUGCAGAAUCAUUUCCUGCGGCGAUCUUCCUACUCCUCCUAAUGGGAAGAAAAUCGGGACUCAAACUACCUUCGGAGCAUCGGCUAUUUUCAGCUGUAACCUUGGCUAUGUUUUAACUGGAUCUACUGUCAGAGAGUGUCUCCUGUCAGGCCUUUGGAGCGGAAUGGAGACCCGCUGCCUGGCUGGUCACUGCGGCGUCCCAGAGCUAAUUGUGAAUGGGCAAGUGAUCGGGGAAAACUUUGGCUACAGGGACACGGUGGUCUACCAAUGCAAUCCUGGGUUCAGACUAAUUGGCUCCUCUGUACGGAUCUGUCAGCAGGACCACACCUGGUCUGGGCACCUACCAGUUUGUAUCUCUGUCACGUGUGGCCACCCUGGCAGCCCCAUCUACGGCCGCACCACCGGCGAUGGCUUCAACUACAAUGACGUUGUGCGCUUCUCCUGCAACAAAGGCUACACCCUGGAGGGGCCCUCUACAGCUCAGUGCCAGGCCAACCGCCAGUGGAGCCAGCAGCCUCCGACAUGCAGAGUGGUUAACUGCACAGAUCCGGGUAUUCCUGCCAACUCUAUCCGGGAGAGUAAGAUUGAACAUGGGAACUUUACAUUCGGCAGUGUGGUGUUCUACGAUUGUAACCCUGGAUAUUACCUGUUUGGAUCAUCGGUACUCAGCUGCCAGCCAAUGGGCCACUGGGACAAACCUCUUCCAGAGUGCAUAGAGGUGGACUGCGGCCACCCAGGAACCCCGCCCCACGCUGUAAUGACUGGAGACAAGUUUACGUUUGGCUCCACAGUGCGUUACUCCUGUACUGGAGACCGUCAGCUUAUUGGAGACCCAUCACUCACCUGUCAACUGAAUGGUCACUGGAGUGGUCCACUGCCUCACUGCUCAGGCGACUCUUCAGGCACCUGUGGGGAUCCUGGCACACCUGCCCACGCCAGCAGGGAAGUGGUGGGCAACUUCAAAGUGCGCAGCAAGGUGCGCUUCACCUGCGCAGUGGGGCACACGCUGUACGGCUCAGCAGAGAGGAUCUGCUUCCCCAACGGCACGUGGUCGGGCAAACAGCCAUUUUGCAAGCCGGUGCAGUGUGGGAAUCCAGGUACCCCUGCUCACGGACGCAUUUCCCGCGUGGACGGCACAGCUUUCUCCCACUCCAUCGUGUAUUCUUGCACGGAGGGAUAUUUCCUCACGGGGUCGCCUACACGCCAGUGUCUAGCGAAUGGGACCUGGUCGGGCGCAGCUCCAAAUUGUACAAUGAUCACCUGCGGUGAGCCUGGGAUUCCAGCUAAUGGACUCAGAUUUGGCGAUGAUGUCACCGUGGGCCAGAAUGUGACGUUCAUAUGCCAACCAGGGUAUGUGAUGGUUGGAGGAGAAAACGCAGUGGGUAGGACCUGCACCAACAAUGGAACCUGGAGUGGAGCCAUUCCAAUAUGCCAAGUGGUGACAUGUCCCGCGCCGCCCUCCGUACCCAACGGCCUCCUGGAGGGUUCAGUCCUGGAGUGGGGCACCAGCGUGAGCUACAGCUGUCUGCCCGGCUACGAGCUCUCCUUCCCCGCCGUGCUUACAUGCACAGGCAACGGCACGUGGAGCGGAGACCUGCCUCAGUGCUUGCCCAAGUUCUGUGGAGAUCCCGGUGUGCCCGCCAGAGGACGGAGAGAAGGACGUAGUUUCAUCUUUAAGUCAGAAGUCAUUUUUACCUGCAGCGCCCCCUACAUGCUGGUGGGAUCAGGAACACGCAUGUGUCAGGACGAUGGCACUUGGAGUGGGUCUCAACCUCGAUGCAUAGAGCCCACGAGAACCACAUGUGAGAAUCCAGGAACACCCGAGCACGGAUUCAUGAAUUACUCCACAGGCUUUAAGGUGGGCAGCAGAGUGGACUUCCAGUGCCAGCAGGGACACAUACUGCAGGGUUCCACCACAAGGUUGUGUUUACCGGAUCUUACCUGGACCGGUGUCCAGCCUGCCUGUACCCCUCACUCCUGCAAGCAGCCAAGGAGCCCAGCCAAUGCUGACGUUAUGGGUCUGGACCUGCCCUCCUAUGGCUACACCCUGGUGUACACCUGUCAGCCGGGUUAUUUCCUCUCCGGGGGUUCGGAGCAUCGUGUCUGCCGCUCUGACGGCAGCUGGACUGGCAAGGUGCCUGUGUGCAGAGUCGGAUCUAAGUCGCAGGAGAAAAUUGUCAAACCCGUCCCAGGGACACCGAGUCCCAAACUGAAGGUUCCUGAUGAUGUGUUCGCCCCUGAUUUCAUCUGGAAGGGCUCCUAUGAUUACAAGGGCCAGAAGCAGCCAAUGAGUCUGACAGUCACAAGCUUUAACGCCACAAGUGGAAAAGUCAAUGUAACUUUAACAGACAGCAGCAUGGAGUUUCUGCUCUCUGGUGUCUACAAACGUCAGGAGGCACGGUUAAUGCUCUUGCUGUACCAGAUGAGAGCGCUGGCCUACAGCUCCAUGAACAGGAUUACUGAUGAGACCUGGACAAUGGAUGGAUUUGUUUCUGCUGAGCCCGAGGGUGGGAGCUACGUGUUCCAAGGCUUCAUUCAGGGUAAAGACUAUGGACAGUUUGGGCUGCAGCGACUUGUGGCUGCUGCGGCUCUGCAUUAUGAUCUUCACCAUCAUUUUCAUCAUCAUUGCCAUCGUCAGCAGAUAUGUUUGACUCUGAGAGAAAACGUCACCCUCCCGGACCUUGAAGCCAACGGUUCUACCAACAGCAGCUCUGUUGCUGUCGCAAUCCUUGUGCCUUUCUUUGCCCUCAUCUUUGCAGGCCUUGGGUUUUAUCUCUACAAGCAGAGAAAAACCGACAAAGCUCAGUACACAGGGUGCUCUGUCCACGAGAACAACAACGGGCAGGCGACGUUCGAGAACCCCAUGUACAACACAAACACGAAAGCUGCUGAGGGGAAAGUUGUCCGCUUCGACCCCAAUCUCAACACUAUCUGCACCAUGGUUUGAUGUCUACUGAUCGAGAGAAAGACACUUUAAUACGAGCAAUUUUUUUUUCUUCACGCGACAACGUAGAAGCUAAUGUCCUCACGCUCUGCUGACUUGCGGCAAAGACUCAGUUUUGCUAAAAAAAAAAACAUAAAAGCACACUUUCAGCGACGGUACAAAACGUUGCCAACUUCUGCAUUCAUGACAUAAAAGAUGGAAGAGGAGAGGAGAGGGUGGGUUCCACACCUUUUCAGAUCUUGUCUUUUUGCACUCUGUGAGUGUCGGCUCCUUGUUGGCGAAUAGAUAAAAUAGAGUAUUUUUAUGCUCCGUGGUAAAAAUAUAGAGGGGUUAUUUGACAAUGCCAAAAAAAAACAUAGACAUUUAAUGUUUUUUUAAUGGAACAAUCCAGAGCUACCAUCUUCUUUCUUUGUUCUCAGCCCUGAUGAGAGUUAUUUUCUGUUAUGGAGAACAGGAGCUUCUGAACUGUGAGCUGAUCAAUGUGAUCCAUUUUCCAGGCGGUGGGUGUGUCAGGAGAAAUGCAGCAGCAGAAAGAAACUGCCUCUCCGGAUCGUGUCAGCGCUGUAGUCUGUUCAAAGUUAUACGGUCAAUUAUACCUCUUAAUUGGACGGUACCUCUUACUGAUGAGAUAUAUGGUCGGGGAUUUAACUGCUGAAGUGCAGUACUUUUUUUUUGACUGCAACUGGGAAUGCUAGGGCUUUUAUUGUUACAGUGCAGGUUCUCUGACAACAACAGAGUGCGUUUUGUUCAGCAGAGAUACCGCCUGCGUUAGGUUUAUUAUCAACUUGGGUGCAAUUCAUUUGUUUUUGGGCAGAAAUGUUUAAGUGUGACCAUUUAAACUGCUGACUAGUUGAGGCGUACUGUUCCUUCUAGUGUGUUGGUCACCUUGAGACGUGUUUCAUGUUCAGAAAACUGACUUUGAAGUGUAUUUUCUUAAGAUUUUUAUUCAGCACAGAAACAUUUGAAAUAAAUAAUUUUAAAAAAGCUUAUUUAGGGUGAAUAACCCCAGCGUUGAGUCUGUAUAUGUCAUGAAUCUUAAAGUAGGAGUUUUUUUUUCACUUGUUUCUUUGUUAUUUAGUUUUUAUAUUAAAAAAAGAAAGAAAGAUGAGCACAAAUACAGUGCGCAGAACCUGGCCAGCUUUCCCAGAUGUUUAUUUAAGUCUGGAUGUCUUCACUUCAGUGCAAACGUGUCGUUGGCAGUGUGAGGGUGGGUGAAGCUAAAUGUUUUGUUUUGCUUAUGAAACCUUUGUAAUGCAUCCGCCUUACUUUAGAGUACCAUAAACACAGACUGUGGUAGAGUUCAGCCAUCUCUGAUUUUCACAAACUGAGUUGUGUUUCUCUAAUUUGCUUUGGGGAAACUGUGCCUUAGAUGGAAAAUUCUCAUUGACCGCUCCUACUUUAAGACUCUUCGUGAAUAUACAGCCUCCUCGGCCCCCUUUCUCCGUUCACCCUUUUUCUGUCACAAGUCAUUUCGAUGUCAGCUUCAGCCAACACAUAUGUACAGUACACAUAAAUGAAUUUGCACACUUUUAGACAUGAACCACCGUCACUCGAGACCAACUGUGUUUUAAAAAAGAACGACAAACUCAUCGCUGUCAUCACAUUUCUACGUCAUUGCAGUGCCUUGACUACUGUAUCGGCAUGUCUUUUUUUUUUUUUUUUUUU